AAAUAAUCGCAUCUCAAAUGCACAAAUUAGACUUGAUCUGUUGCUUGGAUUUAGAUUAAUUUUAAGGAUUUAAAAAAUAAAUAUGACGCUCUGUUUUGAUCUGUAUGUAGACUGGUUUUAAGCUGCAGAUUAGAUGACACCUUAUAUAUUGGCUUGUCAGAAAAAAUGACCCAGUUUCCUCUGAGCCAUCAUACUUAUUGGGAUUCUUUACCUCCCUAUUUCUAGCUUUUUUUUGCUGAUAGAUGUCUUCACUGGGUAAAGAAUCUGAGACUGACAAUGCUGCUGUAAUGAACAAAUGUGUUUCAUAAGCUUCGAGUCAUGCAACAAAAAUAGUCAGAAAUUUAAUUUUUUUAAAUAUUUUAUAUAUAUUUGUGUGUGUGUGUGUAUUUAUAUUUAUAUGUAUGAAAGAAAUGUGAAUUCACGUCUGUACGGUAGAGCAUGCAGCUCAAACAAAUUGCAUGAAGAAUAUGGUUGAACUGGGUCACCAAAGGUCACUAGCAAGGACAUUGGUUAAUAUAAUGGGAAUAAAUACACAGCCUAAAGGAUGUUUAUUUACAUUAUAAACUUAUAUUUAAUUAUUGCAGGUUUGUGUAAUAUACUGAGUUUGUGUUUGAUUCUUGAUUUUAUUCAUUUAAGGAAUACUGAAUCUGUUUUCGUUCAAGUAAGAUAAGUAAUGGCAUGUUGACACUGAAGGAAGAACAACAGUAGCUUAGCUUCAUGUUUCUCCCAAUUUCUCUCAACAUGGCAACAGCUGUCAGUCAAUAUAUGUGAAUCAAAGUGAAAUUAAUUAAACUCCCAUAUACUCCCAUUAUAAAGAAAUGUGUUACUUAAAAAGGUAAUUUUAUUAGCUAAGUAUCUUAUUUUGCCCCCAGACAGCUGUUGAUAAUGUUUAUCGAGCACCGAAUAAUUUCUGAAGGAUCAUGAAUCAAAUGGGUUCACUACACAGAUGUGGCAAACCGUAUCAAGUACGUGAUUUUUUUUUUACGUUAUUGUAAAGUUUAACUCAUGUAACGUUAGCCAUGUGCAAGAAGGCAUUUCAUUACAAGAACCCCUGCAGAAGCAAGCACUGAUGCUGUGAACCUCUGCGGUCUCUGGGCUUUAUCAGAUGUCUUGAUUAAUUCAAUUCACUUCAGAGAUGUAUGAAGAGCACACUUUGAUAUACCUACAGCCAGUAUCUGCGUAACGCGGAAGGUCCUCAAACUCCCACGAUUGGCAUCUUGUUGAUUAGACAUGUGACUCACGGAGCUGCUUAUCCAAUAGCUGAACUUUAUUUUCUUAUGUCAGAUUGAAUCUGUUCUGUAGUCAGCUAGCUGAAAGCAUUAUCAAGAUUUGCAAUUGCUUGCUUGUUAAUAAUUCGUAAUUAAAUUCAUAAAAAAUAAAUAAAUACCCAAGAAUUUAUUACUGCAAGGAUUCUAUAUAUCCAAAUUGAUUGAGGAAAAUUAUAAUGUAGAAAAGUACAAAAUUAGAGCAAUUUCAAUUCAGUGCUUGAUUGGCCCUGUAUGUGCAAUAUGGUUUGCUCUUCUUGAAUGUAUAAGGUGCAGGUUCUAAAACUCAUUUAAGUUUACAUUGUGACAAAUAAAUACCUAUACAUUUGGAAUAUGGUGAACUCAUUGUGCAUGUUCAUUUUAUACCUCACACACCACCAUGGUUAAUUUAUUUAGUUCUGUACCGUUCCCUAGCAACGGUGGGACAACUAGCAAGAGAAGAAAAAUCGAAUGCUUGUGGAAGAGGAGGGUAGUGACAGAGGAGCAGGUGACAGCCGCAGGUUCAAGCCUUCUCAAUAGCAUCAACAAAUUCUCUGCAAAGAUGUCUACUGGAUCUCCAGUGAGCAACAAGACUUCCCCUAGCACAUCUCCACAGCCUCCUCUAAGCCCAUCAGCACAAUCAGACACAGAAGGUCAUGAGGACUCAAAACCUACUCCUGCAGCCUCUUCAUUUUCCUUACCUUGUUGGGCUACCCAGGCCCUAUGUGAUUUAGCAAGAUGUGAAACAGACCUCAGGCGACUAAGAGAGCAACAAGUGACUGAAGCACAGUCAGUAGGUCGAGGUGUGGAGCGUGCACUGCUUGGAGCACAAAGGGAGGAGCGUCGUCUACUGGAAAGGGUAGAACAAGAUCACAGGGACCUACAGCUCAGACUGGAACAGGUGCAGAGGGACAAUGGAGCAGCCAUAAGGGUUGGACAAAAAUUGGUUGACCAGCGGUUAUAUAAAGUCAUUAAACUUAGAGAGAUAAUAAAGAUAUGUGGUGAUUGUAAUAAAGAUCGAGAGGGGGAUCUGAAGCGGGACCAGCUUCUUAAGGGCGUUCAAGAACUAGUCCAACCUUGGGAAGUCUCACUUACUCUCAAACGUGUGUCUUUUAAGCCAAGUGCCCAACCAAACGCUGUAACUUUUGGUGAAAUCAAUGUACAAGACCACUACAUCCAUUUUCCUGUUGGAGGCUGUGGGCCGCAGGGGCAGUUGUGUUCCCUCCAUGCCAAUGAAGCACGCGGUGGGGCUCAUGUCAGUGGAGAGGGCCAGAGCACACCUGCUGGAACAAGUCCUUUGCAAAACCAAGUCUUAUCUCCUGGGCCUAACCCAAGGCACUCAACAACUAGUAGUGGGAACUUGAGGGUUGUCCGGAAGCUCCGUUUGUCAGCCCGAAGUGAUGAAGAAUCAGGGGAAGAGGUGAAACGUCAGUCCCCACAACUGCGUCAAAGAUCUCCUAAACAAGUCCUACGUGAAAGGGAUUCAUCACAGGAGGAUGAGUGUGAAUCUCCUUCAUCUGAAUGCAAAGGAGAUGAGCUCUUUUUGGCUGUACCAUCACUUAGUCAUGGCGAGGCAGAGGGUCAGGAUUUUGCCCAUGUACAAAAUGGACCAAUCACACAGUUUGCUUCACAGAGAGCAAGAAGGCAACGAGAACUCUCUCCAUCUCCAGAACAAGGUCACCAAGAACAAGGUGGCUGGUUCUUGCAUCAGUUUGACCAUAAAAAUCAUGCCAGACGGACCGUAUCUUCAUCACUGCAAAGCCCCAGAGAGAUAACCGCUAAUCAAGGCACCAACAACCACUUCCUUCGUGGUAGGUCUUGUUCUCAGUUAAGUGCAUCCUCAGAUGACCAGCCACAAAACCGUGCACCAUCCCCUGCAGACAGUGUAGAUUCUGGAUACACUUUCAUUGUCAACUCCCCCAGAGAUUUCACCAACUCCCUGCGUCCUACCGCUCGCCUCUCCAGAUCGGCUGCUGAUCUUUCCUAUUGCAACAGACCCCUCAGUGAAUCCAAAACACACCCGUCAAGCACAUGGAGUGUAACUAAGAGUCAUAUGUCCUCACUCUCAAGCCCCACCUUCCAAAAACGAAACGAGGUGUCACGGACCAAAUCCUGUCACAGUCAUGGUAACUUCUCUCAAAAGAACAACCAACAACAUGUUACUUGUUCCAGUAGAGUGUCUCGUUCACUCUCUAUGUCUGUUAUAGAUAACUCAUCUCAGAAAAAAAUAAACCACUUCACAUCAGGACGGCAAAAUUCUCUAAAUGAGAACAGACUGCGUGGAGAAAGAAGUGAGCCAGCUCUUCUGGAAUUAGAGGAGGAUGCCGAAUCAUUGGCACCAGAAGAGGUGCAUCUUGUCCGGCAGUUUGGUAAACAAGGCUCAGGACGUGCUGAUCUCACACUGCCCAGUGGUGUCCAUGCAACACCACAAGGCCAACUAUUCCUUGUGGAUUGUGGGAAUGCUCGUGUACAGGUAACUGAUGUCAAUGGCAAUGUCCUACAACAAGUGACUUCUCCAAGUAAUGACUUGGGAGGUUCCUCACGACGUUGCCGCAAUUACUUCGAUGUGGCUGUUAAUGCCAAGGGUUUAAUUGCUCUGAGCUGUGCAGCUGAAAGGGCUCUCCUGAUCCUUAGUCGGCAUGGGCGUCUCCUCCAAACAUUUGGAGGGGGACCCUACAUUGCAGGAGUACCUCGAGAUGAGUUGGAAGCACCGAGGGGAGUGACUGUCACCCAAAGAGAUGAAUUCCUAGUUGCAGAUAUACGAAAGGGCACUCUUACAGCACUAAAACUUGAACCUAAAACUGGUUCCAGAUUGGAACGCACUGUAGUUACCGGUUUCCACCGGCCUUACCUGGUCACAGCAUGCUUGCACUCUGGUCUUGUUGCAGUGUCUGAGCGAGGCAGUGAAAUGGGGCAGGAGCCUUGUGUGAAGAUUUUAGGACCAGGAUGGGACACUCUACGAAUCCUGGGUGUUUGUUCAAGCUUAGGACCCGUACUCUCCUGUCCGUGGGGCCUCUGCAUUGAUAAGGAUGGGUCUGUUUUGGUGGCAGACUGGGGAGAAAAACAUCGGGUGCUUCUAUAUCCCCCUGAUGGGGCAGGACGAGUGAUUGUGUCUGAUGGACUGAGCAGCCCUCGUGGACUGGCACUUUUACCUAAUGAUCUCCUCGUUGUGUCAGAUAGCAUGCACCACUGCAUUAAAAUUUAUCAGUACAAAUGAAGAGUUACUACAAAGCUUAAAAAUCAAAAUCAGGUAAAACUUUAGUAUAGGUAUCAGUACUUACUAUUAACCUAGCUGCUUAUUAGCAUAACUACUGAUAACAUAUUGGCUGUUUAUUUGCAAUUACAAAGCACAUUCUUUAUGACCAUAUUCUACGUCCCUUUUAUCCAGUACCUAAACUGAACAUCUACAUGACUAUUAAGCAGCAGAAUUGGACCUUAAUGAGAUGAAUAUUUAGCAAUAUAUAUGUAAUGUAUGUGUGUUUGUAUAGGCUAUGUAUAAUACAACACUUAUCACAGUCACAAAAGGGAUUGAAAAAAAAAUACUUUUAUACAAAAGACUGAAUGCAUAGGCUAAAUAACCUAGGAUUUUUGUGUGUUGUGCUUUGAUAUUUGUUUUGAAUCCCUGGUGAUUUUUCUUUGUACUGCACUUGUUUGACUUUGUAAUGAGACUAUACUGCAUGCUAUUGAUAAUAAAUAACCUUGCCAGCAGGAGGCAGUAAUGAUACAUCAACAUGUUAAUGCAUUUGAAAAGUAUCUGUUCAUCAGUGAACUCAAGAAAAAAAAAAAACUCAUUCCUAACACCAAUACAUAAUGGACAAGGCUCCUGAUUAUUAAAAAAAAUGUUUUUUAGAUGUUUUCUAAAAUAUCAGAAUUUAUAUGUGAGAAUGUCUUUGACUGUUCUUCAAACAUAACAUUAAAGGAGCUUAUAAGUCUAUC